CUGGACUCGCCCGACUGCCUCUUCCAGGAGGCCCCAGUGGUCCUGGCAUAAGUGGGUCCGAUCUCGUAGGUUCAGAGACCGGCGGAACCGGCAUUAGUGUCGGUGGAGGGGGGUCAGGCGGGUCAUCUAGUGAGACCACAGACCCGGGCAUCUGCCAGUUCACGCAACAGCCUCCUCGGAUGCACGAGGCCAGACAUAUCGCUUGUGAACUGGCCCCAUCUACCAUUGGCAACUCAACCGCCGGCUCACUCGCUGCGCGGCGAGUGCAGGCUGCUGCUGGAUGCAACAACCCAUCUGCUGGAGGUCGUUAUCACUCUUUUGGACCGGGUAGGCCUGAGAGACCAUUGCAAACAGACUUUUGGCUGGGUUCGGCUUUAGUCUUCUGUUUAUAUGUACCUACACAUCGCCUUCUUUUUCUCCCUAAUUUCUAUGCCUCAUAA